GUGCAUGGGUGUGUGUGUGUGUGUGUGUGUCUGCAUGUGUGCAUGGGUGUGUGUGUGUGUGUUACGUAGACAUUCCUCUGGCAGACCCUGGCUGGCUGGUUUGGCAGGUUGGGAGCGGAAAUUAGAUUUAUGUAAAAGAGAGAGGGAAAGAGAGAGGGACAGAGAGAGAGGGAAAGAGAGAAGGACAGAGAGAGAGGGAAAGAGAGAGGGACAGUUCAUAGCUCCUGUGUCUGAUGACAUAGAUCAGAGACAUGCCACAGACAGACAGAUGAUGAGGUGAGUGCGAUUACACACCUGAGCGUAAUUUAUGGUUCUUCCUCCUGCCUUCACCUGCCUGUCUGUAAAUAGAAAACCCAGAGGACCCCUGAAACAUUUAGAGCUGCACUUUCUUGCUCUUUCUCUCACUCACACACACACACACAUGCGCACACACACACAAACACACACACACACAUUCAUCAAACUUUGCCAGGAUUCCACUGAAGGGUGAUGCCUUUUCUGGCAGUGCAUAGCCUAAAAGUACCCUCACAACUCCAUUGACAGCUGCAUCUAAGUUCCACAUGGUCAUUUGGUCCCCAAUGGGACUCUGAGAGCAGCAGUGCCUCAUGGGUUCAGAAGGACAGCAGAGACACAGUCAUCAGCAUCUUUCACCUGUUUCUCAACUCAGUGGAACUGGCUUAGACACUUUUAAAAUAUAAAUAAUAUUUAUUUUAUUGCACCGUUGCGGAAUAAGGGGUGUAGGCUUGUGGAGGGACAGGCAUUUCCCAAAAUGGACACCAGUCCAAAAUGGCCCCACUUUGAAAUCUCACACACAGAGGGCAUGGAGCUUGCUGAACUGGACAUCUCAAAACUCAGUACCAACACCAGCACUGACAUCACUACUGACUCCAGAACUGACAUCACUACCAAUACCAGCACUGACAUCACUACUGACACCAGCACUGACAUCACUACCGACACCAGCACUGACAUCACUACUGACACCAGCACUGACAUCACUACUGACUCCAGCACUGACAUCACUACCAAUACCAGCACUGACAUCACUACUGACUCCAGCACUGACAUCACUACUGACUCCAGCACUGACAUCACUACCAAUACCAGCACUGACAUCACUACUGACACCAGCACUGACAUCACUACUGACUCCAGCACUGACAUCACUACCAAUACCAGCACUGACAUCACUACUGACUCCAGCACUGACAUCACUACUGACACCAACACUGACAUCACUACUGACACCAGCACUGACAUCACUACCAAUACCAACACUGACAUCACUACCGACACCAGCACUGACAUCACUACUGACUCCAGCACUGACAUCACUACCAAUACCAGCACUGACAUCACUACUGACACCAGCACUGACAUCACUACCAAUACCAGCACUGACAUCACUACUGACUCCAGCACUGACAUCACUACCAAUACCAGCACUGACAUCACUACUGACACCAGCACUGACAUCACUACUGACACCAGCACUGACAUCACUACUGACUCCAGCACUGACAUCACCCCCCCCCCUUGCCCUGCCCUGCCCCCCCCAGGCAGUGGGCAGGGCCUGCAGCUGUUUCUCCGGAGGCUGAAGAGGGGGUGUCAGCAGGGUGUAGAGGAGACCCCCAGCAUGGUGUCUGGCCUCCUGCUCACCAUGGGAUUCUGCAUCGCCAUCAUCAUCAUCUUCGCCACCACCGGACGGAGUGUGCGUGUGCAUGCGGGUGCCCUGGCGGCGGUCUGUGUGGUGCUGUGUGUGAGCGCCGCCCUGCUGGCAGCUCUCCCCUGGCUGGCUGUGGCGCGGCGCUGUGGGGGGGCCCUCGCUCUCUUCAUCUGGGGGAUGCUCUACAUCAUGGCCAUCGUCUUCAUCUUCACUGGGGGGCCAGUGUCUGCCUGGGAGCAGGUAGCAUUUUUCCUCUUCCUCUCUUUCUCUGUAUACACUGUGCUCCCUCUCUCUCUGUCCUGGGCUCUGGCGGUUGGGAUCGGUGCAUCUGUGUCUCAUGUCAUCAUCAUCAGUGUAUACGUUCCUGUUACCAGUCCAGACACGCCCAAUCUGGCUGUUCAGCUGGUGGCAAACGCAGUGCUGCUGCUGUGUGGAAACUGUGUGGGAGCCUUCCACAGACGCAUGCUGGAGCGAACACACCGCAAGUCCUCAAAAAACACCCAGAAAUUCAGUAAAGCCAGCUCCCAGCGCAUCAUCAAGAAAUACCAUCAGGAGCACCUCCUGUUGUCUGUGUUGCCACGGUACAUCGCCAUGGAGCUGAAGACAGAGAUAAUCAAGCAUCUGACUGAGAAAAAGCCCAACAAAGAGAGCAGCUUCCACAGCCUGUACAUCAGGCAGGACCAGGAUGUGAGUAUUCUGUAUGCAGACAUUGUGGGAUUCACCAGUCUGGCCAGUAGCUGCUCUCCCGAGGAACUGGUCAAUAUUCUCAACAAGCUGUUUGGCAGAUUCGACGACAUCGCAAAGAAGAAUGACUGCUUGCGCAUUAAGAUUCUGGGAGACUGUUAUUACUGUGUGUCCGGCCUGCCCGAGGGCACUCCCCUCCACGCACGCAACUGUGUCAGCAUGGGCCUCCACAUGUGCUCCGCCAUCAACAAGCUGCGAGAUGCUACAGGAGUGGAGAUCAGCAUGAGAGUGGGCGUGCACACAGGAUAUGUUCUGAGCGGUGUGAUUGGUCUACUGAAGUGGCAGUAUGAUGUCUGGUCAUGUGAUGUAACUUUGGCCAAUCACAUGGAGUCUGGAGGCCUGCCAGGGCGGGUUCACAUCACGGAGGAAACGCUGAAGCACCUCGGGGGGGCAUUCGAGGUGGAGGAGGGGAACGGGGAGAGCAGAGACGCCUUCCUCCAGGGCAGGAACACCUACCUCAUCAUCGACCCCAACAACCACAACACCACCCCCACCAAACCUGAGUCACAUGGGGUCGGGAGGCGGAGACUCAAAGUGUCAGUCAGGAUGUCUCAGUACCUUCAGUCCUGGCAGGCCAUUCGCCCAUUCUCCCAGCUCAGCCACUCACCCCACGCUGAGGCCCCUCCCACAAUCACACCUGAUGCCCCACCCUUAUCUCCCCAACCAGCUCACCUGUCCACAAUGAGAUCAUCACCUCAGUCAGAGUAUGCAGGUCUAGGCCGGGCAUCACCCCCGGGAAAGCUGGAGGCUCUUGAUCCUCUGAGCCCUGAGAAGCUGAAUUCUGACACACCAAGACUGAAUUUCUUCACCCUCUUCUUCAAUAAAUUCUCCCUGGAGAAAAAGUAUCGUUUCUCAGAUUUGGAGGAGCUGCACUUGUCCCUGACCUGCCUGGCCCUGGUCUUCUGCUCGGUGUUCAUCGUGCACAUGCUGGUCUCCCAGAGGAAUGCUGCUCUGGGAAUCUCCUACGGUGUCACCUUCCCGGUUCUGGCACUCCUGCUCUUUGCUGUCUGCACUGGAUACCUGCAGCGCUGGCGGUCUAAGCUGCCCCAGGCUGUGCUGUGGGUGACCUCGCUGUCAGAGCUCAUCUCCACCAGGGCGGUGCUACGGCUCCUCCUGGUUUCCCUCUGUGUGCUGAUCACUCUGCUCAUGGCCAUCCUCAACUUUUUCUUCCUCCCUGAGCCCAAUUGUUCCAGUUUCUCCCAGAAUGCAUCGGUGCUGGAGGCCUUCAAACUCUACACUGUGCCUUAUUACCUGUACACGUGUCUCCUGGCCAUGCUGGGUGUGGUGGUGUUUGUCCGAGUGUGUCUGGAGCUGAAGGUGUUCCUGGCCACCGUGGCUGUGGUGGCAUACCUGGCUCUCUUCCUGCACGUCUACGCCUCACGCUCAGACUGCUACAUGCAGCAGCUCUACGGCAACGCCAGCCAGUACGACAUCGCCCGACCUGCUGUGCUGAAGGAGCCCACAGCCAUGGCUGGAAUCUGGCUCUUCAUCUUCUACUUCACCAUCCUCAUACUGAUCCGCCAGGGGGAGGUGGCCUGUCGGGUGGAAUUCUUGUUGGAGCAGCGUUUUCAGAAGGAGAAGGAAACCAUGGAGACGCUUCAGAAAGCCAACGAAUUGCUGCUUCAUAACGUCCUGCCCAUGCACGUGGCCAAGGUCUUCAUGGACAAGACUCGCAACAACCAGGAUUUGUACAGCCAGUCCUGCGAGUCGGUGUGUGUGAUGUUCGCCUCAGUGCCGCAGUUCUACAAAGAGUUCUACAGCGAGAGCACCGUCAACCACAAUGGCCUGGAGUGUCUCCGAGCGCUGAACGAGAUGAUCGCUGACUUUGAUGAGCUCCUGUCCACACCCGAGUUCAGCAGUGUGGAGAAGAUCAAGACGAUUGGCAGCACAUACAUGGCGGCCACAGGACUGACCAGGCCUCACACGGAGGAGCUGAACGUAGACCAGGAUUGUAAAGUGUUGUAUAACCAUGUGCGUACGAUGGUGGACUAUGCAUUGGCUCUGAUGGGCAAAUUAGAAUACUUCAACACACACUCCUUCAACAACUUCAAACUGAGGAUUGGACUGAACCAUGGGCCGGUGAUUGCGGGUGUGAUCGGGGCCCAUAAACCCCAGUAUGACAUCUGGGGGAACACCGUCAACGUGGCCAGCAGGAUGGACAGCACGGGCGUCCUGGGAAAGAUCCAGGUGACAGAGGAGAUGGCUCAGAUGGUACAGUUGCUAGGAUACAGCGUGACUCUGCGUGGUGUUGUCAACGUCAAGGGCAAGGGAGAGAUAACCACCUUCUUCAUCAACACUGACCACCUUCUUCAUCAACACUGACCACCUUCUUCAUCAACACUGACCACCUUCUUCAUCAACAAUGACCACCUUCUUCAUCAACACUGACCACCUUCUUCAUCAACACUGACCACCUUCUUCAUCAACACUGACCACCUUCUUCAUCAACACUGACCACCUUCUUCAUCAACACUGACCACCUCCUCCACCAACACUGACCACCUCCUUCAUCAACACUGACCACCUUCUUCAUCAACAAUGACCACCUUCUUCAUCAACACUGACCACCUUCUUCAUCAACACUGACCACCUCCUUCAUCAACACUGACCACCUCCUUCAUCAACACUGACCAUCUCCACCAACACUGACCACCUCCUCCACCAAUACUGACCACUGACCACCUCCUCCACCAACACUGACCAUUGACCACCUCCUUCACCAACACUGACCACUGCAGGCUCCACCCAUUUCUCCCAUCCAAUCGGCAGCCUAGACGUCCAUGAUGAUGCAGAGAGAGGGGUGUGGUCUGGGAGAGAUUCCAUCCCACUUUGUUCUUAGUCUAAAUUAGUUAUUGUUUUUAAUGUUGCUUUGUUUUCUUAAGAAGUAUAAUUUGUUUAUUUUUGUAUUUGUUGUGAAUAAGAUUUGGCAACAAUGUGUAUUUAGAAUGACAGGAAAGAGUUCUUCUUUCAGCUUGAUGAAGUACUUUAUAAGGCUGUUGCCCUUAGCAUCGCUCUUUGUGAGGUUAAACAUACUCUGAGUGAAGUUACUGAGGUAUGAAGGAUCAUUUAAAGCACUGCUACUGUAUUUGAAUGGAAAAUAUGAAAGUGUUUAUUGAAUCUUUAUUUUUAUUGCAAAACAUGAAAAUAUUUAAUUUAAUCUUAAAGACUGUGUUUGUAUGUUG